AUGGGGCAAAAAUUAAUGAUAUUCGCUUUUGCGAUUCUAUUUUCGAGGGUGAAUUCACAGCGAUGUGGCUGUGGGCCUCCCAUCGUACCUGCAACUCAAUUAAUACCACCACCACUUAUGCCAGCAACGCAAGUAGUUUCACCACCAGUAGUAGCAACCACAAUUGUAGACAACUCAGUAUCGAACGCUCUAGCCAAUGCCUUACAGCUCCUUAUCGUGAGUGAUCUGAUAGAGUCGACUUUGGCACCAGCGUUGGCUGCUGGAAUAUUAGCCCCAUGUGCUCAAAAUAUAGAGCUGUUACCACCGUGUCGUUCUCCUAUAGUAGAGACUAUCCAGCCUAACAUUUAUGGUGGCUAUACUGAGACCUUCGCGCCAUUGUAUGGACCUCCUGCUAUAAUUGAGAAACCCAAUCUAUGCGGAGGUAUUACAGAGUUCUCAUCUCUCAGAAAUGGUCCCAUAGUUGAAAGGAUCCAACCGAAUUACUUCGGUGGCGUAACUGAAUUCUCUCCAGUCUAUGGCAACCCGGUAGUCGAAAGGUUUCAACCCAACAUCUAUGGUGGUAUAAGUGAGACGAUAACGCCUUUAUGCAACGGACCAGUGGUGGAGACGAUCCAACCAAAUAUCUUUGGUGGUAUAACGGAAACACUUUCUUCGCUGUACGGACCUCAACUUGUUGAACAGUUCCUCCCAAAUCCUUAUGGCUACACCGAAGUAUGCGGCAUCAACGAAUUCAAUCCGGGCUUCUACAAUGGUGUUACGGAAAUAAUAACGCCACCAUGCUCUCUGUCCUCUCCGGUAGUCACGCCUGGUUAUUUUGAGAGAAUAACCGAGGUGGUGCCACCAACGGCGCAGUUCCUACCCAAUUAUUAUGGUGGCGUUACAGAGGUCUUCACACCGCCUAUGGCUGCUGAAGUAAUGAUUCCCUCAGCAAUACCAGCUCAGCUAACUUGUAAUUUCGGGUACAAUUUACCCAGUAAUACUCCCUGUGUUAGUGUAAAUGUAGAAGCGUUACCGUUUGAAGCUUGUGGGUGCAAUAAUUGUCUUAAGAAUUAUUAUUAUUAA